AUGGAUUGUUUGUUCCUUUGGCCUACAUCUCAGGGAACUAUGAAUAAGAAGAAAGCUUACGACUGUGAAAAGAAACUUAUGGGACAAUCCAGCAGGCGGGAUGCACUUGGAUUCGUCGAACCUGAAUUGAGGCCAAUGCGACAACGUUUUGUGCCAUGGCGCGCAUUUGUAAUAAUGCUUUCAAUGCACUAUGCGCAGCAGCAACUGGAUCGCAGCGGUCCGGAUCCAUGCAGAGCCUGCGAGGCGCCGCCGGCACGUCGCGAACAAACAUACAUCCGAACUACAUGGGAAUCCGUUGCGAAACGCUUUCCAUGA